AUGACUACACCUGACCUCACAGUGCACAUAGCCAGUUUGCAGGCUGUUGAGAUUGAGAGACAAAUCAACAGGGCAACUCAUUCCCAAACCAGAGGCACAAGGACCUACACCCCAAGGAAUGCAAGCACCAUCCCUGCAACUAAGAGGGACACACAGAAUAGUGGGUUAAAGGCUAGUACUACCAGAGGAGACCCCCCUACCAACCCUAAAGAUGUGGUCUGUUUCAAAUGUAAUGGGAGGGGCCAUUACAAAAGAGACUGCCCUAAUGCAAGAGCCUUCACCAUGAGGGAAUGGAAUGAAAUUAGGCAGGACACCAAACCAAAGAAAAUUUUAGUGGCUAAGAAUGGGCAGGAAGAGGAGAUGUACCCUCCAAAUUUGAGUGAUGAUGAUGGCACAUACAUAGAAGAUAAGGAGGGGAAAUGGCACAGGUUUGAAGGAGACACAGAAGAGGAGGAGGAAGAUGAGGACCUAGAAAGAGUGAUGCCUGAGGAAGAACAUCUUAGCCUAGUUAUUAGGAGGAGCUUUCACACCACACCCUUAGCCAAGAGAUCAGACCAGAGGGAAAAUAUAUUCCAAACCAAGUGCAAAAUACAGGGGAAAGUGUGUGAUCUUAUUAUUGACAGUGGGAGUGAGUCCAACUGUGUGAGCAGGCAAUUAGUGACCGAGCUGAAUCUGGAUACCAAGCCUCACCCUCACCCUUAUAAGAUGAAGUGGCUUGACAACAAAGCAAGUGGGUCAGUGAGCAAGCAGUGCUUAGUGAGCUUAACCUUAGGGACUUAUGUUGAUGAAGUGAUGUGUGAUGUCUUAGACAUGGAUGCUUGCCAUUUAUUGCUUGGGAGACCUUGGCAAUAUGACAAAAAGACUACCCACAAUGGCUACACCAACACUUACACCCUCAAACAUGAUGGGAAAAAGAAGGAGUUGAUUCCCCUGCCCCCACACAGGGCUGUUCCCCCUAAACCAGCUAAGGCACCUAUACAUCUGAUGACUAGAAAGGAAUGUGAGAAGGAGAUUGAAAGCAGAAAGGAGCUAUACCUGUUGAUCAUGAAAGAAAUACAAAAUCAGCCCUCUAUACCCCCUGAGCUACAGAGUCUGCUUAAGCAAUUUGAGGAUGUUUUUCCAAGUGACCUACCACCUGGUCUACCCCCUGUGAGAGGCAUAGAGCACCAGAUUGACCUUAUUCCAGGAGCUAGCCUACCUAAUAAGCCUGCCUACAGAUCCAACCCCAAGGAAACUGAGGAAUUACAGAGACAGGUCAAUGAGCUAAUUCAAAGAGGCUAUGUUAGGGAAAGUCUAAGCCCAUGUGCUGUACCCACCUUGUUAGUACCAAACAAAGAUGGUACAUGGAGGAUGUGCAUUGACAGUCGCAGCAUGAACAAUAUAACCAUUAAGUAUAGGUUUCCUAUACCAAGGAUUGAUGACAUUCUAGAUGAGUUCGGAGGUUCAGAGUGGUUUAGCAAGAUAGAUUUAAGAAGUGGAUACCACCAAAUACGAAUGAAACAGGGAGAUGAAUGGAAAACUGCAUUCAAGACCAAGUAUGGGCUCUAUGAAUGGCUUGUGAUGCCCUUUGGCUUGACUGGAGCUCCUAGCACCUUCAUGUGGCUGAUGAAUGAGGUGCUUAGACCCUUUUUAGGAAAGUUCAUUGUAGUUUAUUUGGAUGACAUUCUUGUUUACAGUAGGGGAGUCACAGAACACAUAGAACACCUCUACAAAUUAUUUGAAGUUUUGAGAAAACAGAGGCUUUAUGCUAAGCUUGAGAAGUGUAGUUUCCUCCUACCUGAAGUGAGUUUCUUAGGGUACAUUGUAGGGAAGAAGGGAGUGAGAGUUGACCCUGCCAAGGUACAGGCUCUAUAG